UGCUGUGCUGGAGAUCCUGACGUUGCCCAGCACUGCUUUUUUCACAGAGGAAGUAGUAUGUAGCCUUAGUGUUCAAAAUACUCAGAGAAGUUAGUAAGUCAUCAUGCAUUCAGAUUUUGGGUUGUUUCCUUGUCUUUCAAGAGAAGUCAGAGAAUUUAAUUUUUGAUCUUGUGGAGAGAGGGUUUCGAACAAUCAAUAUGAAGCAAUUACUCAGUUACUUGGAGUGCUUGUGAGUGUUGGGUAUUGUGUGAACAAGGCAGGAGUACGCUCUGCUCAAGUGACCAGGCGCUGACAGAGCUGAACCUGUCUCAUUGCCUAAAUUGUGUUUCAAAUCUUCCUGUGGGAUGUGGUUGAGGUCAUGCUGCCUAAUGAAAUAUUGUCAAAGAUGUUUCACCUGCUGACUCCUUUUAUUCCUGGCUUAUUGGGCAGCAGUCAGUUCUUGAAAAGGGACCAUUUGACCAAUACAAGUUCUUGCAAUGCCAUAAGAAUUAGAAAUACCAGCUUAGGUGUCAGUGAGUGGCACAUUAUUGCAAAGCAGGCAUCUGCCCCUUUCUAAAGGGAAAUGGUAAAACAGUUCAUCUGCUGCUAAGGUCAUCUUGGAAGGAAUUCAGCUUCUCAACGAAAUUCCUAGUGACUUUAUAUUUAACAAUUAUUUGGAUAUAGAUGAUGUGUGACACAAGCUGCCAAACUGAGCAUCCCUAUCCAUCAGCAAUAGUGAACACUGUUACCUUUUUUUGCUAGAGUGAUUUCCUAAUUGCAUCACAUUAUUUCUCUGUCCCUUCUUCCUCACACCCCAGUUUUAUGCAAGCAAUAACAGAAACAUACCUCAUGCAUGACUUUACUUCCACUAGUGAGUGGGAAGGGGAAACAGUUCUGUAUUCCUUGUCUUAUUAUUUGGUUCUGAGAGCAAGUAAUUCAAGGGAUACAAAGUAUGUACCAGGAAGUCUGUCUUUCUGUUUGAAAUAUAUAGGAUUGAGCUUUUAGGACUGAGUUUGGUUAUAUUUGCCUUCCUUGAGAAAGAUAGUAAUAUGGCGAUGUUAAGUUCAGAAGCUGUUGUGCUAACCUUUAGUGGUUCAACUUGAGUAAGAUUGCAGACAUGUGCCUGACAGCUCACCAGCUUUCCAGAAAUAGCCUGUUCUCAGAAGGGAAGUUGGCAGGCUUGCUUGCCCCAUCAAAUAUUAAAUUAAUCUUCUAUUACAGUGCAGCUAUGAAGUGUGUUGGCAUCUUAGCAGUGCACCAAAAAUAGUGUGUAUGUUUUUGAACCAGAAGUUUUUGAAAUAAAGUUAGAAAAUUAAUUUUUUGGAGCACUAGCCCAGUGGAAGGGUUAAGUAAUCCCAUCUCUUUUUAUUGGGUGUGGGAAUAUAUAGAUGUAUUGAAAAUAGGGGUAGAUAAGACCAUGUACUGGAUAGUAUAAUUUCUCUGAGUUUGUAGCUUUUGGGUGCAUAUGACCACUUUUUAUGGAGCAGGUUUGGGUUUAUGUACUGAAUUAUCAGAACCUGGCACUAACCAGUGCCUCACGCUUGAAGGAGAAACUCCUGUUGAGUAACUAGCAGAAUAUUUGGGUAAGCAGUCUUAGAUCUUCCACCUGUGAUCCAGGAGCAACUUAUUUUCUCUAAAACAGGGGUGAUGAAACUGGAAGUGUAAUGUGGGACCCACCAGAAGUUUUUAUAUUGCGCUUCUCAUUAGACCCACCAGCAAGGUUUACGUCUAGGAGAUUAAAAUUUUCUACAACUCGGAUGUAGCACUGACAAAAUUGGAUCUGUGUUUAAAUAAAUAGGUAAAAAAAUGUCCUAAAAUGGGGAAGGCACAGCUCAUGCGUAACAUGGUAGUGUAAGAGCAAGCUUGUCCCUACCCCAAGUGGUCAGGAUAUCUGUCAUGUUAGGACAGAUCCUCUGUGAUUUUGGUUAUCUGUAUUUCAUUGAAAUGCCUCAUCUGAAUUUCCUAAGAACUUCUGCUAGAAUUAAUAGAAGAUAUAGAUCUUGUUAGGCUUUUUGCUGCAGACUGCUAUGGAUCUUGGUGAGAGCCUUCUUUGCCAGUUGUGACUCAAAAUGAUCCCACUGAUACUAAGCUUUGCAGGCUUCAUGAAUCAACAAAAUCAUCUCCCUGUAGGGUUUUAAAUUGACAGAACAAUCAUGAUGUACUUUACAGAGACUAAUCUGGCAUAAUUGGAUUUCAGAUCUUUAACAGGACCAACGCCCUUCCGCUCCCAUACAGCUCAACCAAAGUUCUCAGAGGAAUCCAGCAGAUGCUUGCUGCUCUGUGCCUACCUUGUGAACAACAGGAUGCUACUUGCACAACAGUCUUUCCCCAAUAAUUUCUUCAGUUCUUGACAAGUGGUUGUCAUGUCUUUUGUUUCACUAGAUCAAUUGCUUGAUGAGCUGCAGCUGAAAUAUUUAACACUUUACACUUAUGCCAUUGGAGAUGGAGCCCAAAGCCAAUAAUCUUGUUUUUGGGUGUCAGCGAAGCUCAACCUCUGACGAUGACUCUGGCUGUGCCUUGGAGGAAUAUGCCUGGGUCCCCCCAGGCCUCAGACCAGAGCAGGUCCAGCUGUAUUUUGCCUCCUUGCCAGAGGAGAAGGUCCCUUAUGUUAACAGCCCUGGAGAGAAACACCGGAUUAAACAACUUCUGUAUCAGCUGCCACCCCACGAUAACGAGGUGAGAUACUGCCAGUCGUUGAGUGAAGAGGAAAAGAAGGAGCUGCAGAUGUUCAGUUCUCAGCGCAAAAAGGAGGCACUGGGACGAGGCACUAUUAAACUACUCUCCCGAGCAGUGAUGCACGCCAUUUGUGAGCAGUGUGGUACAAAAGUAAACGGUGGUGAAGUUGCAGUUUUUGCCUCAAGAGCUGGGCCUGGUGUGUGCUGGCAUCCCUCGUGUUUUGUGUGCUUCACAUGCAACGAGCUGCUCGUUGACCUUAUCUACUUCUACCAAGAUGGAAAAAUUCACUGUGGCAGACACCAUGCUGAACUUCUCAAACCUCGAUGUUCAGCCUGCGAUGAGAUAAUUUUUGCUGAUGAGUGUACAGAAGCUGAGGGUCGCCACUGGCACAUGAAGCACUUCUGUUGCCUCGAGUGUGAAACGAUCCUGGGUGGACAGAGGUACAUCAUGAAGGAUGGGCGGCCGUUCUGCUGUAACUGUUUUGAAUCUCUCUAUGCAGAAUACUGUGAGACCUGUGGGGAACACAUUGGUGUUGACCAUGCUCAGAUGACCUAUGAUGGACAGCACUGGCAUGCCACAGAAACCUGCUUUUCUUGUGCUCAGUGCAAGACCUCUUUGCUUGGCUGCCCUUUCCUUCCAAAGCAAGGGCAGAUUUACUGUUCAAAAACGUGCAGUCUGGGAGAGGAUGUUCAUGCCUCCGACUCUUCUGAUUCUGCGUUUCAGUCUGCUCGAUCCAGAGAUUCCAGGAGGAGUGUCCGCAUGGGAAAAAGCAGCCGGUCAGCUGACCAGUGCCGCCAGUCUCUCCUCCUGUCGCCGGCCCUCAAUUACAAAUUUCCUGGCCUUUCAGACAAUGCCGAUGAUACUCUUUCUCGUAAGCUGGAUGAUUUAAGCCUUUCAAGGGAAGAGGCAGGCUUUGUUAAUGAUGACUUCUGGAAAGGAAGAGUAGAGCAAGAAAUGCCUGAAGACCCUGAAGAAUGGGCUGAACAUGAAGACUACAUGACUCAACUUCUUCUGAAGUUUGGUGAUAAAAGCCUCUUCCAGCAGCCCACUGAAAUAGACAUUAGAUCAAGUGAACACUGGAUUUCUGAUAGCAUGGUCAAGAGCAAGUUGGACUUGAAAAAAAAUAAUCCAAGCCUAGCAAGUAAGAAGUAUCAAUCAGAUAUGUACUGGGCCCAGUCACAAGAUGGUUUGGGAGACUCUGCAUAUGGCAGCCACCCAGGCCCUGCCAGCAGCAGGAAAAUCCAGGAGCUAGAGAUGGAACAUGGGGCCUCAGGAUACAAACAUGACCAAACACCAUGGUAUGGAGGUUCACUCGAAUGUUUGUCUGACCUGAAACAGCAAGAACAAAGUGUUCGAGACUCAAUGGAUUCCUUGGCUUUGUCUAACAUAACAGGGGCUUCAAUGGAUGGAGAAGGCAAGCCACGACCAUCUCUCUACUCUUUGCAAACUUUCCAAGAACUGGAGGUGGAGGACUGUGAGAAGAUGAGUAACAUGGGAACUCUGAAUUCUUCAAUGCUCCAUCGGAGCACUGAGUCCUUGAAGAGUCUGAGCUCAGAGUUGUGCCAGGAAAAAGUCUUGCCAGAGGAAAAGCCGGUGCAUGUGCCUGUACUGAGACGAUCUAAAUCCCAGUCUAGACCACAACAAGUGAAGUUUUCAGAUGAUGUUAUCGAUAAUGGAAGUUAUGAGAAUCUUGAAAUACGUCAGCCUCCAAUGAGUGAAAGGACUCGUAGGCGUGUUUACCACUUUGAAGAGCGUGGAAAUCGGCCUUCUCACCAUCGUAGAAGAAGUAGGAAGUCUCGUUCAGAUAAUGCACUUAACUUGGCCACAGAAAGAAGAAGCUCUCCGAGAGAGAGAUUUCGUUAUUACUCCCCUCAGGAUCAUGAAAAAUUUCUUCAGAAUAGAAGCUCACGUGAGCUUCGGGCCUACAUUCAAAAUGCAGAGCUGUAUGGACCAUAUGCCCAUACCAGGUCUGACUAUGCACUGCGGAAUCAGGUGGUUGAUAAAUUUUUUGGAUUGUAUGGUGAGGAAGAUGACUCCUGGUGUUCAACUUCAUCCUCAUCAUCUGAUUCUGAAGAGGAAGGGUAUUUUCUAGGACAGCCAAUUCCACAGCCACGGUCACUGAGAUAUCCAUACUAUACAGAUGAUCUCUCUGGUCCAACUACUGCGUUAUCUAGUUCUCAGUUUGGACAAAGGACAACCAAAUCAAAGAAGAAGAGGGGACACAAAGGAAAAAAUUGUAUUAUAUCUUAAUUAAUUAGUAAUAUUUCUUAAUUGGGAGGACCAGUCAAUUCUGUAGCUACAGUUUGAACCACAUCUUUUUAUAUUAAUAAUUGUACUUAGGCAAGUUGCUAAAGUUCGUAAUGCUUUGCCAGUGUAAAUGAUAACCGUGCCAGAGUUUACAUUGUAAAAGUAACAUUCAGAAAUGUCACCACCCCAAAUGAUCUGCUCAGAUACUGCUAGGUUUACAUACUGUGUUUCAGCUGUCCAAAUACUGUUACUGCAGUUCUUAAUACAGACUUUUUGUAGACAUUUUAUUUUAUGCUCACUAUUCACCUACAUUGAAUGAUCUGAGAGGAUUCAACAAAGAUCAAAAAAUAAAAAUGUCAGUCCUGUGCUGUAGCUGUAUACACACAGAGUGAUCUUUGACUUUUUCCUCUUGCUGCCAAGAAAAAGAAGGCUCUAUACUGUGCCCUUUCUUCACUGAUAAAGCUCACUCUUCCUCAUUCAAGUUUCCAUACAAAAACUGGAUUCUUUUUAUUUGGGAAAAUGCUCCUUAAAAAAGGAAAAAUUGUAAUGUGGGAGCUAAAAUGCUUGAAGCCUUGAUGUAUCCUAAAGCAGCAGUGAAUGUUUUGUACAUUUAACUUUCAUGGUUUUUCCUCUACAAUUUUUGAGAAAGUGUGAGGUGGUUGGUUUUGGUUUUGGGGGUUUUCACAUGCCUGUUUAAAGGAAGAUAUUAAUUCAGCUGCUGGAAUUGGACUUGGCUGCUAAUGAGUUGUGAUGUUUUUUCUGUCAUGCCCCCUACCCCCUCAGCAAUGAGAGAGGUACAGCUGCUGGAGUCCUUUGCUCAGGCAUGUAACCCCAUUUAAGUCAAUGGAUCUACUUAUGUAACAAAUAUUUUCAUAUGGGCUUAAAGGAUUAGGCUCCAGAAUUGUGUCUUUUCACAUGCAUUAUCCAGGUUUUAAAAUGUAUUAGCUGCAAUUCUAAGUCAAAAAACAUUGAUAUUUAUAAUGUAGUAUUUCAUAGGCUUAAAUGUAUUCAUAAUUUAACAGUGCAAAUAUAAAUGUACAUACUGUACAGUUAAAAGUUUUAAAAUCUGAAUAUUUUUAUAUCCCUGAAUUUGAAGAAGUUUGUUACAAUAUCAAACUAGAUUUGUUAGGGGUUUAACAGCAGUGUUAUGGAUGAAAUAUUGCUUGUAUUUUAGUCAGGGGGUUUAAGUUGAAAAAUGUUCAGUGCAAAACAGCUUAAUUUUGUCUACUAGGUAUUAAAAGCUCUGUAUGCAUGGUGGGGCUAUGUAAAUACUCUGUAUGGCCCUCUUAAUCUUGCAAGUAUUAUUUAUGGAUCAAGCAAAAUGUAAACUAUAUAAAUGUAAAAACCACACAAGCUUGGAAUAUAUCAUUACAACCAGUAUGCAA